AUGCAGGCAUGCUGCAUACACGCUCACAGCAAGACCUUCGUUCACCAGGUGGCCACGAAGGUUUACCUAGCUCCUGACACGCCGAUCUCACAGUGCUUGCCUUACAGCAUCAAGCAUCAGCACCUCUUCUCCGGCAACGUUCCUCAGCCGGCAGAUUGGCUGCGAGCGUGGCGGGCGUGCCGGACAGCAUCUUCUUUCAAAGGUGCCGUGAAAUUCUAUUCCACGGAAGACUUCGCUGCUGGCAGGAACACGAAGCUUGACAGUGUGAGUCUCAAGAACAUGAUUCUUGUUAUGCACUGGGCUGUCAAGAGUGUUCGCAAGCAGCGUCUCGAACAAGCCACCAGCAUCAGCUUGUCCGUGGACGACCGCAAGGAGUAUCGUUUGGUGAGGUACCGUUGCGAUGUUCCACCGCGCACUGCCAAGCAGUCAGCGGCUCCAGGCUCCCAAGGUCCCCAAGGCUCCCAAGGCUCCCAAGGCUCGGAGGAUGGCCCGCUUGUCGCCGAUGGCUUGCUUGGGGUCUACAAGACAGGUGCCAGUGUUCCUGAAAACACAUUGGAGGAGCACGAUGCGGACAAGAGUCAGGUGAUGGCAGACAGCAUAGGCAUAGUCAUUGACAGGGCCUGUCAGGAUCCGGAAGGCAAAACUGACGAGGAGUCCUGCAGCCGCUUGAAGCUGCACGUGCGGCACUUUGCAGCCGAUCAGUGCACAUCUGCCCGGAAGUGUGGAAGGUUGUUGGUCACUGGCGGCCAGUAUCCUAACCUGGUCUGGGUAAGCCAUGAUCCUGCGCACCAGGUUCGUAUUGCCUACCAGGACCCUCUUCACGCCAUGCCCGAGUUCCAAGACCAGUGGGAGCGUUUGUUUGCUCCCGGCAAGGGCAAGCAUGCGCUUAUCCCGGACAUCCAGAACUCAGAAGUCUGGAAGGCCAGGCUCAUGGCGGCCCAGCAAGAGGUUCUCAUGCUCCAUGGCUCCCAGGCUGGUGUGGAGAAGGUGAUCCGAGCGUUGUCGUUCUCCCAACCUCGGUUUGACUCGUCGGCCACACCAAUGCUGAAGUACUUCUGCAUGAUUCGUGCGAUGGCGGUCUUAUGUGCUAUGCAGGCUGCUGACGAGAGAAACACGGUCGAGAUUCGCUCCCGAGCAGAGCGCGCCUUGCAAAACAUGAAUGCAGCAGCCCUCAUGCGCUGUGGACUCACUUGCGACUACACAUCUGAGUGCCUGCGUUUCUUGCGCAGGAACUUUGACAUUGAGGAUCCAGAUGUAUCCUGCACCCCCAGAGUGCUGGAAGAGUUCACCAAGCGCCAGCGGUUCUUAUUUGUGGAUGGAUACAGCCUCUCCGACAGCUCGCAGGUUCCCAGUUCCGUGGACGGCUCCGAGGCUCCAGGCUCCCAGGCUCCCAGGAGGUGUGCAACCCAGUUAGUUUACGAGGAGAUCCAGACACCAGAGCCGAUCUUCUAUGGCAACAUAGUCCACUACCUGUGCACGAAGGCCGGCAUUUCUGAUGUAAGGCAGAUCAUGGGAACUAUGGCGCACGUGGUCGAGGCGAUGCUGGAGCGUUUGCGAGUAGAUCUGACGGAGGAUGAGAUCGCCGUGGCUCUGCAGGUAUUCAACCUUCGGCUGUGGCAGGUCCUGCAGUCGACAGAGAUCCAGAAUGGAGAGGCUUCGGUGCCGCCAGCUCUGGCGAUGAUCCCCGCAGAGGUGUGGCUCCUGCUUAUUGACUUAUUUAGAUGUGUGGGUAUUCGUCGCGACAUCCAGGCCAUGCUGGAUCCACGUCUGGGUGUCCCUGAAAAGGCCGACCCGCGACUUGUGCAGUAUAUUAAAUUUUAA